UGAUAUCAAAGAGCACCCAUGCAGCUCCACUCCAUAUCUCCCUCUACUAUGUGAAGAUAUUUGUUAACUUUUGUCAGCAGAGAAGUUGCUCCGCAGAAAGAUGACAUAAUCCAUAGUCAAUAGGGAUAAAAAAAAAAAAAAGGAAUUAGGUUAUAACAAUGGGAUACAAAAUACAUGAUUAUUUUUGUAUUGCAAAUGAGUCAUUUCCAUUCAAAGGCGUUCAUAAUUCACAUGCGGAAACUGUUACUAACUCGUCGACACAUCCGUGCAUUGAGUGUCCACAGUAACGGGACAUUUCCUAUUUUCAGCUCUGAGUUUACAGCCAACUGCACUGACCGCAAAAUACCUGAACCGUGAUCCCGCGAUUGGCAUUUACGCAGGGUUCUUUAGUUUGCGGAAAGGCUCGACAUGUCUACUUCAGUUUAUGACGUUGGAUUAGAACUCCAAUAACAUCCUAUUCCUUCCGCGAUAUGUGAAUGUAGCCUAGUGGAGCUAUUAAGGGUCGUUGAGGUGUCAAUGCCGACUUCCCUGAGGUCAUAAAAGUCCCUAGAAUGUCCAAGUGGUACAGGGACCUUUUUUCACAUUUAGGGAGAAGAGGAGGGCCGGAGUGGCAGUUUAAACUACAAAAGCGCUGUAGUCUACAAAAGUGAAAGUAAUGUCAAGAUGCACGCUUGCAAGACUUCUAGAGCAGACACUAAAAGGGGGAAUCCUAAUGGUUACCAAGGCAACAUGACAAGUGACUCGGCAUGGAUCAUCAGAGCUUGUCUCUUUCAGGUGUGCCUGUGGAGAGCCCGUCUGUGUGACGGGACUGGCUGCGUGUAUAACGACUAUUUGACAGAAAUGGUAGAAAGUCUGCCAAAGGACUAUUUGUUCAGAGUGAACAUAAGUGAGGAAACGGUUGAAAGAGCUGCAAAAGCCCUUAGCAGGUUCUAUUGGAAUAACUGUAAAAAGGACUUUGAAUGCAAAGAUUACACUGAAGACAAAACAAAUUCUGCUGUAUGUUACUUACUGGACUGUCUGCAUGAGAAGGAACCUGAGUGUGUCUCCAGUGUCACAUACAGUCUAGCUGAGGUGGAGUUGGUCAGUUUGAAAGACUUUAAGUGUCUGGUUAAAGAUGCAUUCAAUCACAAAUCUAAUUCCUCACAAGAACAAGAGGAUGAAUGUGCUGAUGUUUUUGUUUAUGCAGUGAGAUGCCAAAAAGCAACUACACUUGAAACUCCAACAAAUACAACCACGUUACCCACCAUAAAUUACAAAACAUCAUCGAUCCUGCCCAAAGCGUCAUCAUCAACACCACCACCACCACCAUCAUCAUUAACAUCGUUAACAAUAUCAAACAGCGACAUGGAGUCACAAGAGCAGCGAUUACAAAGGAAGGUCAUAUCAGUCAGUACGUUGUUAGCUAUCUCUCUGAUAGCUAAUGUCCUCCUCUUGGGUGUUGUCAUCUUGCGGACCCGGGGGAGACGCCAGCAUGAGGGCAUGCCUCCUGCAAUGUCUGAACUGACAGUAUUGAACGAAGUAGAGGUACAUCAUCUGAUGCAGAACGACAACGGAGGUUCUCUGCAGUACUAACCCCGUUCAGAGGAAUAAUCCAUCUCUCUUCCGUCUGCCACCAUUUUCCCCAAGCUUUACCAGACAACAAUGGACAAAUAUAUAUCCUGAGCCAAAGAAAAGGAGUCCUGCCUCUCCCUCUCUCACACACACGCUUCACACUUCCUGGGCUGAGGCCACAACUCUUCUUCUCCUGCCACUGCCAUUCUGGAGUUACUGUUGCAGACAUUAAUAAAAGCUCCCCUCCUUGUGUUUUAAUGAGGAGAAUGGGAGAACUAAUAAAUGUCCGUCUGUCAAGAGUCUCUAAAAACAAGACUUGGAUUAAGGGAACACGGUGGUCUUGAAUGUCACCCCCUGCCUUCAGCUGUCCGUUCAGCCCAAAGAUAAUAUGUUCACGUGAAUGGGAAGAAAACAGUGAGAUGAACAACAAGAUGAACCCUUUAGGGGCGUACAUUAGAACUAAGAUGAUCCGAUAUUGAGUAUUAUUGUACUUUGCUGAAGUACAGUACUUUACGAACAAAACCUGCAUCCAUUCCUGACUGUGUUUGGAUGAUGUGGCUGUGUUACUUGAUGGAAGGGGAUUUUAUGACGCAGUGUGAAAGAAAAAUAUCAAAGGAGUAAAAUCAGUUUAGAAAAAAAAGAUGAAAGAAAUAAAGUGAAGACCAUUUUAUGUACAAAGUGUGUAUAUAUUUAGAGUACCAGUCAAAUUUUGGACACACCUACUAAUUCAAUUUUUUUUUCUUUAUUUUUUACUAUUUUCUACAUUGUAGGUUAAUAGUGAAGACAUCAGAACUAUGAAAUAACACAUAUGGAAUCAUGUAGUACCCAAAUAAGUGUUAACCAAAUCAAAAUAUGU